ACUAGUAGUGUUACCUUCGGAGGGAGCUAUUUUUCCGGCCAGUGGGAGAAGAGACUCUGCUGUUCCUCCUCGGAUUGGCUCUUCUCCCUCUCUCCCGCUUCCUCCUCUUCCAUGCUUUAUUUUUAUUCGAUCUCCCAUUGGUGACUGUCCAGGGGAUGGAGUUCCCGAUGGAUCACUACCCCGCGGCGGAGAAGCGGCCCGCUGCGAGGGAUCGCCGGACCACUGCCGUCCGAUGGUUCAAGGAAUGGGUUCCGCAGGACGUGGUUGCGACGGGAGGGAAGUGCCUCCUUCUGAAGUGGGUUACUGAGGACAAGUUAAAAGCCCUGAAAGAGAAGUCUAAGGAAACAGAAUCAGAAGAUCAGAAACCUGAACCAGCUACAGAAGUUCUUUUUCUCUGCAGCUACGAGGGUUGUGGAAAAACUUUCAUCGAUGCAGGGGCUUUGAAGAAACAUGCUCACAUCCAUGGAGAGAAGCAACAUGUUUGUCAAUAUGAAGGAUGUGGGAAGAAAUUUUUAGACAGUUCAAAGUUGAAGAGGCAUUAUCUUAUUCAUACAGGUGAAAGAGAUUUCAUAUGUCCUUAUGAAGGCUGUGGUAAGGCCUUCUCAUUGGAUUUUAACUUAAGGGCACAUAUGAAAACACAUUCGCAGGAUAAUUAUCAUGUUUGUCCUUACCCAGAAUGCGGGAAGAGAUAUAUAAAUGAGAGCAAGCUAAGAACCCAUGUAAAGACACAUCAUGAAAAGAGUACAAUGGUUGAUAUGGUGAAGCAUGCUACGCCGGUAGAGAAGCCACAUACUUCCAAGGCAACCGCAGCUGCUUAUGGUUCUGCUUCUGCUGAGCGCCCAUAUGCCUGUCCAUAUGAAGGUUGUGAGAAAGCUUACAUUCAUGAGUACAAAUUGAACCUCCAUCUGAGAAAGGAACAUCCUGGCCAUAAUUCCGAAGAAAAUGGUAAACCUGCUCCAGUUGUUGGCCAUGGUUUGGAGGAAGCCAGUGAUCAGGAAGUGUACAUCACAAAAGGUGGCAUCGGCAAGAACUCAAAACGAAGCAAGCCCAAUGUGGCACCGCAGAUGCCACGUGCUAAAAUCACAAACCGGAAAGGAAAUUUGGUUCCUACAAAUAUGCCUGCUGUCAAGAAGCAAUGGGCGAGCAAAGAGAUGUACGAGGAAGAUAGUGAGGAAACAGAAGAAGAAGAUCGGGACAAUGCCGAAGAGGAUGGGUGGAGGUAUCAGGCAAAUGGGGAUGAUGAGGAGACAGAGGAGGAAGAAUGAGUGCAAAUGUUGGCUGGGCACGAGCAAGUUUCUGGCCUUUGAUGCAGAUGCUAUGUUGUUCUAUAUUGUUUACUAUGUUGUGCUAUAUCGUUUUGAACAACAACAUUAGUGUUGAUAUUAGCACUAGUGUUUAUUUUUUCUUUUUUCCUUUUACGUGAAUCUACAACACUAGCGUUUUGAACAACAAAUUUGGUUUCUGGGUAA